AUGAAAACAGGGAAAGUGGUGCUGGUGCUCGGUGGGCGUUAUGCGGGCCGAAAAGCGAUCAUUGUGAAGGCCUACGAUGAUGGCUCAUCGGAUCGAGCCUACAGCCACGCAUUGAUCGCCGGCAUCGACAAAUAUCCACGGCCGGUAACGAAACGAAUGGGAAAGAAGAAGAUCAGAAGCAGAAAUAAACUUCGUCCAUUCAUACGCAUCGCUAGCUAUUCCAACUUACUCCCAACCAGAUAUUCGGUAGACGUUGCAUUGGAUAAGAACUUAGUGAACAAAGAAGUGCUGAAAGAGCCAACGAAGAAGAGGAAAGCACGAGCGGAAAUCAAAGCAAAGUUCGAGGAGCGAUACAAAACUGGCAAAAAUAGAUGGUUCUUUACAAAAUUACGUUUCUGA